UUUUUGUUUCUAUUUUUAAUAAACUAAAAACAAAAAACUUUUUAAUAAAAAAAAAAAAUUCUUUUUAGAAUAAAAAUUUAACUCAAAUAAGACUUUCUUUCAAUGCUGGUUUACCUCUUUUUUAUAACAUUUGCAGAAUAUGUUAUAGCUUAAGAAUAACAAAACAAUCAGACCCAACCUACUGAUUACAAGGUCUUAAAUCUUUACGAAAUCAAUUAAAUACAAUAAGCUAAUAACACUCAAAGCAUGAUUUUAAAUCUUAAGAAAAAUAAAUAAGAUUUAGCAAACAAUAAUUUUCUCGUUAUUGAUAUUGAUUUAACAUUUACAUAGAUCCCUUAAUCAACUUUCAUCGCAUGUCUCAAUUUCAAUUAUGACGUUCUCUAGGAUAUAAACUUUUAAAACGCUGGAGCCUAUAGUUGCUAAUAUAUGGAUGCUAAUGCAACACAGUAAUAGAUUAGUCAGCACUUAAUUGUUAUCAACGCAAGCGAUAUAAAUUUAGUAAAUAAUAAUAAAGCAUAUUUAACAAUAUUUUAUUUAGAACACCCAAAUGAUUUUCUGUCAGAAUCUAAAUAAUUGAAAAGUCAAAUCAACUAUGUUUUAGUUACUUAUUACUCAAGUUGGUAUCCUUGUCAUAAUAAUUGCAAUAAUUACAAUGGAGUUUGCAACUAGAAAACAGGAUAAUGUCAAUGCUAGCCUUUAUAUUUUAAUAUAGAUUGUAGUUUUCAAGCUGAUUCUUUGAAUUUAAAUUAAAAUUAUGAUUCAGUUGAUAUCACUAUAUACCAACAAAAAACAUCUUACUUUUUUAUUAAUCUAACUCAAGUUAUGUUAAACAAUAACUAAAGUCAUUUAACACUACAGUUCAGGUAAAUGAAUUAAGAAGCCAUGAUUGGUAUUUUAAUAAAUGUAAACGAAUUAAAUUUACCUACAGAUAAUCAAAAUAAUUAGAGAUUUGUCAUGUCAAACUAAAUUAUGCAAAUAUAAAAUGUAGAUCUCUUAUGCAGUAAUUAUUAUUUACAAAAUGUUAAUGACACAGAUAUAGUAAAUAUAGGUGGUCUUCAAAUAUAAAAUUAGUGUUUCUUGGUUUUAGCAAUGAAAUAAGCUAUGUCCCAAAGUUAAUUUUCUUUGAUUGGUGUUUAAUUGGAACUUCAAACCAGCUCUACUACUUAUGAUGUAGGCAAUAAUAACAAUUAAGCAAAUAAUUAAAAUAAUAAAAGCUAAUCUUCACAAUUAAACUAAGUAUAAAUAACGAUAAUCCUAGUCUGCUCUUUAAGUGGAAUGUGUGUUUUAAUUAUUAUUUUAAAGGUAUUGAAGAAAAAAUUAAAAAGCACAAUCCAAAAUAGAAAUUUGAACAUAAAUAAUUUGCAGAAUGAUGUUUUAGCAUAGGAUUUCUUUAAUUUUGUUAAUUAACAUACGUAAAAAGAUAAAAUAAAAUAGCUUAUUUCUCAGAAAAAGCGCAUUUUACAAGAAUAUUUAAUGCCUAUCAUUAAAUUUUAAUCAAGUAUAUAAUAAUCUGUCAACAAAAUUGAAGCUCAAUAAAGUAAAAUCCUCGUUGAUUAAGGCAAAAUAAAAAAUGAAUAAAAUAGUGACUUAGAAUUCAAAAUAAAAUGUAAUAAUAUUUUACCUAGUCUUUAAGUGUAAGUGAUGUCUCCUGUUUAAGCGGGUUUAUUAGGUCAUAAAGCUAUAUAAAUUAUUUCCAAUUGCUAAUCAGGUAGUAAAUACCUUGACGAGGAAAAUAAGGACAGCUUAUCAUAGUAGUAGAAUUAAGAAAAAAAAGUACCUUCGCUAAGCGAAAGUUAAAUAAAUGGAAAAUAGACGUGUUCUAUCUGCCUAAUUGAAUUUAAUUCAGAUGAAUAAAUUAGAUAAACAAUAUGUAAUCACACAUUUCACUCAUAAUGCUUGAAUGACUGGCUUUAAAAGAAUGAUAAUUGUCCUAUUUGCAGAUAAGAAUUUGGAAUAAAUCAAAUGAUUGAAUAUAUAGUAUCAAAGAAGUUAGAACUAAUUUAAGACUAAACAUAAAAAGAUCGAAUCAAUUCCAAUAAAGAAUAAUUAUUAUCUAAAUUCUAAAAAGUUGAAAUAUUUGAGCUUGAAGGAUAACAAUUUUUAAAUAUGAUUAAAAAGUAUUUGAUUGAAUAAUUAUCACUUGAUUAAUUUUAGUUUGAGUAUGAAGACUAAAAAGAGUAAUAAAAUGUUCAAAAAGAUAAAAAUAAAAUAGAUUUCUAGAAAAUAAUUGAUCAAACAUCUUUUUUGAGCAAAAAUUAAAGCUCCUAAUAUAGCCCUUAAAAAUUUCAAGCCACUUUGUAUACAGAAAGCUCUCCUGAAAAUAACAAAGACUUCUCUCAAUUUAAUCUAAUGAUGUCUCUCAACUAAGAUUAUUCUAAUAAACACCUAAACAGUAACUAGAAAUUACAAAAUUAAUUCUGUUAUUCAAUAGAAUCCCCAAAGACACCUAAAUAUUAUAAAGACUUAGAAUAAAAACAAAAAGCUAAUUCUAAACAUAAAAGGAAUGCUUAUCAGUAAUAAUCAAAAUUCAAAACUAGUUAGAAGAAAUCUAAAAAUGUUAUUGAAGAUAAUAUUAUAGAAGAAUAGGAUGGAAAUAAUAAUAAUUAAGAGAUAAAAUUAAAUUUUAAUUUAUUUAAAAGUAAUAGCGAAAAUCUUUUAGAAAGUAACUUUGAAUAAGCUCAAUAAGAAAAUAUAUUAAUAAACAAAAACACCUAAAAACUUGCAAAAUUAAAUUAAUCAUUGAAUUCUUGA